AUGGAAAAGGAGAAAGGUAAGGAGCAAAUUGUUCCGGAGAAUAUACCAGAAGAAGAAGAGGUUGGGCAGAAGGUUAAUGAAGUUGUUUUGGAUCACAAACAUGGUGUGGAUGGCAAUAUUAAUCUAGAAUCAAUUGGUACUGAAAAAUCAACAUGCAACAUGAAGAGUGUAGGGUUGAUACAGACCCAAGACAGGAAGCAGAAGAGAAGUCCUAAAAAGAUUAGGGUACAAAAAACUAGAAAAUUAAAAGUGCAUAAGAAGAAUUAUAAGAAGAGUAUGACUAGGAAAGAGAAGCAAAAGUGGAUAAUCAAGCAAUCACUGAGAAAGUCUAAUGGAAAUGAGGAUGGAAUAAUCUGGAUUGUUUUUGCUCUGUUCAUGUUCUGUUCAGUUGGUUUUCUGCGCAUUCCAGCUGGGUUGCUCCUCCCAUUUGUCUGGUCUCACUCUGCUGGGUUGUUGUUGCUUUCUCCAGGGGCUGCUCAGCAAGGUUUUUCACGGUUUUCUUGCAGUUGGUUCUCAGCUGGAUUUCCAGCUGGUUUUUCUGUUUUUCAGCUGGGUUUUCAGCUAGUCUCAUGUCCUUUUGCGCCUCUAGCUGGUUCAUUGGUUUUGGGGCUUCAAUGA